CCUUCGCUGUUGGGUCGUCGCUGGGCACUUGGGGGCGCCUCGGCGGAGCAGCAGCAGAAGCAGCCGGCGGCAGCUAGGCGUCACGUGGUCUCGUACGUUCCGUUGGUUAUCGGCUGGCGAGUCAGUUGCGUGUAGUCAAGUCAGCUGUGCGGCGGCCGUUGUAAUGCCAGUGAUGGUGCGGCAAGAGCUGAACUUGAUCAUCGCGGACAGUCCGGAAGGCGGCAAAGGUGGCGGCGGCAGCGGCGGCGGCAGCUCAGUAAACGGCGCCAGCAGAUCACGCAGCGGAGGCGCCGCAGCAGCAGGCUCGGCGAGCUCGGCUGCUGCUGCUCCCGCGACCAAUACGCCGUCGGGCCGCACACCGAACUGCGCGCGCUGCAAGAACCACAACAAAAUGGUGUUGCUGCGUGGGCACAAGCGCUUCUGCCCGUACGUGGACUGCGUCUGCGACCGGUGCAAGCUGAUCGCCAAGCGACAGGUGGUCAUGGCCAAGCAGGUGGCCCUGCGCAGGGCCCAGGCGCUCGACGAGGCCAUGGGACGCACCGUCAUCGAGGAAGUCGACCCCGAGGAACUCAAACUGGCCGCCGAGAAUGGAAGCAUGCCGCCCGCUGACUGCGUGACGCCCUCCGACGUGAGCCUGGCUUCGCUGCCUUCGUCGCCGCUGUCCCCGUACUCGCCGUCCCCUUCGUCCUCUUCUUCCUCCUCGUCCUCCUUCCCGCUGCCGCACUCCCUGUACGGCGCCACGGCUGCCGGCGCCUCGCCUCUGUUCGCCGCGGGCGACAACUCGCCCCCGCUGUUCAUGCCGCUGCCGUUCGCGCUGCCGCCGAGCCCGCACCGGCCGUACGAGCCGUGGACCAGGGCGCCGCCUGGCGUAUCGCCGUACCUCGCGGCGGCCGCGGCAGCCGCCGCCGGCACCGUCCCGCCGCCCCCUCACUCCGCGACGUUCGGCGGCGCACCGGCGGUGCCGUCGCCCACGGCCGCUCCGCUCCACCUUGCCGCAGCCGCGGCCGGUCUGCCCAGGCCCAUACCGACUACGACGAUGUCAGCGGCCGCCGCUGCGGCCGCAGCCGCCGCCACGAGCCCGUCAAGGUACGACACCGUGGCGUCGCUGUCCGGCUCCAUUCCCGCCGCCGGGACGGCGGACGCGGUCGUCACGGCGACCGCCGCCGCCGUCGCAGCGACGACCAGCGUUGCGCAAGCGUCGUCUGGCGUCAGCUCCUACACGCAGUCGAUGUACGCGUACGACCGCAGCGCGGCGGCCGCCGCCGCAGCCGCGGCUGCCGCAGCCGGCAUGUCGCUGCACUUCGACCACCACGCCCACCACCCGAGCAUCCCGCUGUCGUCCUAUGCGCCGUCGCUCCUCUGGUGGGAUUGAAUGUGCCCCCAAGGGAUCGAGCGGUGUCUGGGACCGUUGGACGUGCUCACCGUGGUGCUGCGCAUGUUCGUGCGCACGUCAGCCGCUUGGGACCUGUAUGUGCUGCUUGAAUUUAGAACUUUGUGGCCCGUUUUGUGCGACGAACUGUGGCGGCUUGGCUUUGGAAAGGAGAGAACACGAGCUGGACGGUCUUUAUUGUUUUGUCUUGGUGGCCGCGUUGUGUUCUCCUUAUACUUGCUCACAUUUUUCUUUUAUUUCUUUUUCCCGUGGUCGUGAGUGCUGUUUCCUUUAUUCUACCUUUCAGCUCACUGUAAUUCCAAGUUUUGUCUGCGUAAAAUCUUCAGAUUUACUUACAGAGAAUAUCUGUUACGCUUUCAUGUAUGUCUCUUUCUAUUGUAAAUAUUUCUGUCCCCCCUCCCCUUUUUUUUCCUUCGCACCUAGAACAUAUCUUUUUUUUUAUUAUCUUCUCUUAAGCAGCCGUUAUACGAGAAUAUGAGAACGCAGGCCUUUCUCCCUUGUAUGUGAAAAGAAUUCAACGUAUCCUCAACAAAGGUGCUGAUGUCUGCUCAUGCGCUUUCGGCGACAAUCUCAGUUGCCCUUUUUGCUGUUGUACACUACUGCUUCCCUUUCAGUGAAAGAGAGAGUGAAAAAAAAGAUGGCUUUUCUAACGAAUUUAAGCCAGAUGCCUGCAUUGCUGUUUUUUUGUUUAUAUUUCUUCGGUUGAACGACGAUUUGUUCGCAUGUUCGCAGGCGCAGCCCGAACUUUGCUACAAACGCACAAGGACGCUCAUUUGUUAUGAAAUUCUCAAUAUCUCGGCUCCGCCGAGAUUUGUCCACUAUUGUUUUGCUUCAUUCAUUUGUGAGUAGAAGUGCACGUAAUGAGUAAUUCACCAUAUGAUUGAAAUGUUAUAGGUCUGAUUUGAGUGAGGCAUGGCUGCUCUGAAAGUUUAGCUUUUCCAGCUUCCUUUAGCUCGAACUAAAGCUUUAGGCCCGCAUCUGUAACGAAAAUAGCGUUUCACAUGAAGCGAGAGGGGAAAUAUGUGUAUGACGAGUGCACGCCUUCUAAGAAACUUCAGUUCCAACCGUUACGCGGUCUUUCAUCCAGUCGGGCCCAUAGGGAGAAAUCUAUUACCAUUAGUGGAAGACGGAAAAAGAAACAGAUUAUGGCUAUCUUUCGCAAAAUAGACAGUCACGACUGAUAAACUUCAUCCAGGCACAUUACUGCUCCCUCAAGGGGUUUCAGUUAAGCACAUAACUCGCUCUGCAUCCGGUUCUGAUCACGAGUAAAUGUUUGACUGGGUGGCACGUUUCAUGAUUCACCGUUUUUUACUGCUAUUAAAGUGCUAUUGAUGAUACUGUAUUAGCGAAAGUGUGGAUGAGGUCUUUUCCUUUGCUGAUGCGUACUAUAACCAACGCGAAAGCUAUCGAAGUCGGCUCGUUUUCUCACAUCAGAGCACCGUAAUUGAACUUAGGGAGAUGUAUCUUCACUACUUAUUUAUAACUAUGCUAACCGCAUGUUUUCUACCAGUUGGAGGAAUAGACUACAUUUGUUAUGGUGCACACUCUUUGUAUAGAAUCGGAAGAACUGCAGAGCCUUCUCGUAGUCCUUCGAAAAGCAGAGUCAGGUUUAUCUAUUACGCCGGCGGAUGCCGUCCCGUUGUCCCCAUAUGUAGGCAGAAAUGUUGAGUGUUUCUUUCAAUCUCAUUUUGCAACUCAAAGCUGCCAUUUACAUUGCGCUCUUGGCCUGAGUGACCAGCAUUACGUUUUAUGUCUCGUCAGGACCCGCUCGCUUUGUCAAACAUACGCACAAGUAGAAUAAACAAAAAAGCGACGAUAGUUAUGUGAUGUCUUCAGGGGCCUGCGCAUUGCCACUUUAUUGCGAAGACACGCGGUCAGGAAGACUGAGAAAGUACAAGCGUUCGCUACUGGGCACUGGCAGUUUGCCCUUGGCAUCGGCGUUUCUUUGUCAUUUGGCUGGCCGUCUUCAGCGUUGUAAAUAUCGAACACUAUUUGUUUCGUAACUUCUGCUGGGUGAACAAUUCUGUGUGUGUGUCAGCGUCCGCUCGAGUGUUUCGACUUUCUUUCCUUGGUAGACGUACCGCUGUACGUUGCUGUCGCCGUUUGAUGGCAUAAUUACCGCGGGCCUUCGUGUCCGUUUACUUUUUCGUUUGCUGCCGUGUAGGCGCUGGAAUUACGAAGUAGGCGCACAAGAGGCCUAAACCGAUCUAAGGGUCGGUGGGAACUCCAUUUAAAAACAGAAUUUCGUCAAAAGCAGGCUUGCAACGGCUACUGCUGCUAGUUCGCUGGGAACGCGUAGUAGUAGGAAUAUUGUUCAAAUCAUCGCGUGCACAUAUAUAUUCAACACCAAGUAAUGUGUCACUUUCACUGACUACAAACCGAACGCACACGAUGAAUAAAUCGCUCAUGAUGGAAAUACUUCAACGGACAAGUUUUUCUUAUAAUACAACGGCUUCAGCAGUUGCUUACCACUUAAGCCAUUAGCGACCUUUUCAAACCUCCAGAACUUGCACCAAGUCAAAAAGAAAAACAUUCAGGACGCUCCUUUUGUUAUCACGUCCGCCUUUGUACAGGUGGACGUGAUAACUAAGUUUGCACAAUGUAGUGCUAUGUCUAGUUUUUGAAGAGCUGCCAUCAACGGUGCGAAACUUUUCCUGCUUCCUAAGCCUCAACAAACGAACUUUACCUCCUCUUUGUUAUGGUUUGAGUGGUUACUCUCCUAGAUACAUAGUGUUGCUGUGUCAUCGUCAUUCAAUGGAUGUGUUUGCGCCGCGAGUCGCCCUCCUCCCGUUUCUCAACUGCUUUCACUAUCGUGAAAGAAGCGACCGCUUUUUUCUUGUGAAAUACGAUGGGGGUGGAGAACGUCUCGGCUGGUCUCUCAUAGUUUACGUGAGGUGUUGAUUUAGAGCAUCAGCGGUGUUCCAACGUGCUGAUGUAGCGGAGAGGCUGUUCCAUAAACCAGUGAAACUUAUCGUCACGCUGUGUGUCCCUAGAAAGCGACCUUCUCUGUUAGGCGUGACAGGAAAUGCAUGUGCUUUGUUGUGUCAAGCGUCUGGCCAUUGUUACCUUUUAAGAAAGCUUUUACCACCACUUCACUGCUACUCGCUAUUGUGGCGUGUAUGACGGUCGUACAUUGUGAGACACGAAGUAUUGAUGGCGCCUCACUUACAAGAAUCUGCCUUGGGCAACGCUUCAUUCUUCUUAACGUGCUGGUUUCGCCAACGCAGAGUGAUACUACGAAAUUGCUUACAUGAAACAUUUUGCGCCACUGGUCUGUCACUACGACCCUCUACGUUUGGACUUUCCGCGCUCUUGUAACAAAGUGGCAACAAUGGCAGAGCGGAUUUCAUAUAAUAUACCAUUCUCUGCUGUGGAAUAAUAAAGAAAGCGUAAUGAAGUUAGUGAAUCACGCUGAAGUCUCAAAGAGCGCAUCCGAAAAGUAAUACUGUCAAUGCUGUUCAUACUUCAUGAUUUUGAUCUGCUUGAUCGGUUAAUUCAACAAAGUCUGUGGAUGUCGGUAGUAAUUGUUAUCCGUUACUUUCUUUCGGAUAUCGCAAGAUACGUCGUUUGCAUAUACAUUUUAAACCUCGGUCGUGAGUGCACCACAGUACCGAGGCGCCUAUCUUUCAGUGUUGUAACUAAUAUAUACAUACGCACACGCGAAGUUUCCUUUUUCAUAUUUCGUGUAAGAUACCGAGUGCCGCUUUAUAUGUGAAACCAAAUGUAUAACGUAAUAGCGUAGCCAAGUGUCGGACACCUGUUUAAAUUGCAGUCGCGGGCAUCCUGUCCUUGGCUGCCGUCGGAGAAACCAGUUUGCGCAAGGAGCCUACAAGGAGGCGUUCAUCACGCGGAAGAUCUAGAACCUGAAUGCGCGAGUUGCAUCUGACCUUUUGAUUGCUAGACCACGAUUGGAGAACUGCUGCGGCCUGUGACUCCGGGGGAGCGGGCUGAAACGUUCCACUCCGCACCCCAAUCUCGUACGCAUCGUUAGAGUAUGAAUCCAUUCGCGGUUGUUGUCGAUGUUUGUUAUCCAGUCGUGUCGUGCAAACCUUUCGGUCCGCCGGUCUUCUGAGGACCGAGUGUGGUGGAUUGGCCGCGAGCGUGGGCGCGCUCCUCAUUUCUUCAUAUUUUUGUUUUUCUAGCUUCGAGUUGCCCCUGUAUCGUUCGUCGCUAUAUUUCUCCGCGUGUGGAAUACCAAGAAGAUGUAAAAAAACACAUACAUCUGCCCGUCUCCUGUACCGCCUUUCCGGUUGUUAGUGUCUGUAUGUUACUAAAGUCUAUGUGCGGUGUGUAUCGAUCAGCUGGCCGAACGCGAGCCUAAACUGCCCCACCUUUGUGGUUGCAGGACUUAAGAAGGAAAUUGAAACGUUGGACUCUUGCGUGUAUAGGUGAACUUUUUUAUUUUUACAUGAGAAAGUCAGGCGUGGAAAUUAUCACGUGACAUUGCGUUCGAAUGUCGGAUCCCCGUUUGUUCAGCAAGGAUUCCGAUUCCGGCACGUAGUAGGGAUAUCAUUUGCAUGUUUGCCUGCCUCCUUGAAGAGAAUGUAUGAGUGCAUUGCUAGCGAACGUGCCUUAUAUGCUUGUAGCAAACGUGUGCGUUCGCUUGCGAGAGUGUGUGAACCAAGAUUUGUCCGGUAUUUUGUUUUCCCUUGCUACGUGCCCGGUUCAGUGCCUGUGAAAUGCGAAGUGCAUUAUACCAAUCGCUGUGAUGACAGAGAUGCUUGAAAGUGUGAUACUAGAUGCUCGGGAAGUUUUGUGCCGAGCGCCAGCUUAGUCACGUUGGAAAUAGCCUGUCCAGUGUGCUGGCAUAUUUGCUUGUGCAUACGCCAAAGUGUCAAAGAUUAUCCCGGCCUUUCGAGCUUGAGUAUUGUUUUGUACGACUAUCAUCACAACAGAAAGUGACUUGGAGAGUCCCAUGUGUUGCCUCACCUUUGUAUUUAUAAUAGUGCGUCCGCUUUUUGUUGUCCCAUUUUCAAGUGAAACGCAUGGUUGACUUGAUACGUAACAAAUUGCUCCCGUAACUUCCUGAUGCCUGUGCCUUUAAGGUGAUUCUGUACAUUCAUACUUAUGCCGUAUUCUAGCAGGAUUGGCAAGCAGUAUUGGUGUCUUCUCCUGAUAACACCCGACCGUCUGGCUAGGGCGUUCUCUGUUUCGUAAAGUGUUAACUUCAUAUGGCUGUGAUUAGCAGAACUCGUGCCUCUCCGCAGGCCUUCUUGUCGUUUAUUGAGAUGUUUUGUUCCAAAUAAUUUAAGGAAACGUAAACUAUAAUACUUCCUUCAGUAAGCUGUAACAGUGCACCCUGAAAGAGUAGGAUCCUACACUUGACUUGUGCUAGGAGAAUGCCAGUAAACUUGAAGAAGGGGAAAAAACGAAAAGCAGACAUAGACAAAGCGACAGGAAGGUGACUGGGCUAACAACUGGACUUUAUUGUAGAAAACAACGUCCCCCAAGUCUGUACUGAACAUUCGCAAGGCACAGCAUAUUACAUACACGGUAAUCACCUUAUUUAACAUGGCAACAUUUAUAAAGAAAUUGAAGCUCUUUCUUGAUUAGGAACACUGAUGGCGCGCUUACACACUUCUCGAGGCCAAGUUUAUAUGUAUGAUAGGCUUCAAUCAACUCUCACUCCUGCUGUCUUAGCCUUCCCUGCGUCUGAUGCGUUGCUGAAGGUGGGAGGGCAACCGGACGCCUUACAGUGUAGCGGAAGACUACCUCCCGUGCGUGUGGGUAUCAGAUUAGCAUGCCCACACAUCCGAUCAUUCACACAGCGGCCGGUUUGCCCUAUGUAAACUUUGCCACAUUUCAGCGGAACACUAUACACUACACAUUUGCCGCACAUUCCUGACAUGCUUGGCAUUACACACACUCCUUCGCGGACUGUGCUGCGAGACCCUCACGCAAAGUUUUGCAAGCUUACAGGGUGCAGAAAAAAAAACUGAACCAGCCAAACCAAACCAGCCACCUUCCUGUCACUUUGUCUAUGUCUGCUUCUCGUUGUUUCCCCUUCAAGUUUGCUGGCAUUCUCAUAGCAUGACCAUGCACCAACUAGCCCAACAACCCACUCUUAUGAACUAGACCUGUGACUAGGCGCAGUGCUGUAGUUCAUUGCCGUGCAAUAGUUGGAGAAGAACUACACGUACGGCAUUGUGUAAUCGAAGAAUGCGGGGACAGAGGGCAAGAAAUACAUGCUAUUCACUGUGUGAUUUAAUUAUCUACUUAUAUAACAUGUGUAACCUUUCCAAGGAUGCGAGUGCUAGCUUUCCGUUUUCCUGCAGCGAUAUUGUAAAGCCUCCCUUUGUAUUUCAGUUGAUGAAAAUCUUACAGAAGCUUCGACUGAAGCCGUGGUGGCCCCAGCCAAUCCACAUUUACUUUUCAUAUGUUAUCACAGCGUGUAAUGCUCGAGGCUUUCUUAGUGCUUAUCGAAUGUGAGCUGCACACUGUCGCGUGUAUACUUCUGCAUGUUCUCGUUGCACCGGUUUCGUACAUUUCAAAUGGAGAUGAGAUAAUUUUGGAGAUAACGGAAGUGCCUUGGGUUCACCACAAAGUUGAGUUCGAGCCGCGGUUGUCGUGUUUCGAUGGCCGCCGUACGCAAAAAAAGCUUUCUUUUUAAUUUUACCUUGGGUACAAACUAAUGAACCCCAUAUAUAUGGUCAAAACUAGUCCGAUGUCCUCCACUAUGAUGUUUCUAAGAGGCUCAUUAUUGCUUUGGGGCGUUAAGCCUUCUAAAUCCAUCGAAUUCUACAAGAAAAACUUCCUCUCAAGAUACGCUCUGGUAAAAAUGUGCAGCUGGGCUAGUCACGAAUAAAUACGCUGCCUUCCGAGAUUUAGAUUGAUGUAUCAGAUGCAUGGCGGCACACAAACUAUCUUUGUUUUACCUGUCCGUUAUUUGCUCUUCGUGAUUGCAGUGGCUAAAAUAUAUGCGUGGCGUAGAUAAGGCGGUCAUUGGAAGUGAAUAGCGCGCACUUGAGCCCCUGAACGUUUAGCGUAUGUGCUAAAUUACAUGCUGUGUCAGAGCAAAUGUGCGUUUCACUUGAAAAAUGUUUCCCUGGAGGCGGCAGUAAAUAUAGACGAAACCUAGUUAGGAGCCGCGUCAUAUAUGCAGUCAGAAGCUGCAAGUUGCCACCUGUGCAAACAAGUUGCGGAAUACAAUACGCAAUAUGAACGGCUAUUUGUAUUUUUGCGCGUGCUUAGAGUGGGCGCCAUAUGAGGUAUUCUCAGUGUCUUUUGUUUGCGACGUGGUGCUUUCUUGAUGCACUAUUUCAUUCAGUUUUCCUGUCUAGUCGGAACAGCCGCAUCAUUUGACUGCCGCGGAGCUAAUAUGCAAUAAGCCAGCGUUCUCGGUGCAGCUUGCACUGAGGCGUUGAGGUGACCGCCCGCGCAGUUCGAUUUGCAAUCAUGGGACUCUCAAGUCGAGGCCGGCGACGCCUUUUUAUACGUGUGCGUGCAGACGAUGACGAACGUCUGAAGAACAGUGCAUGUGCGAUAGAAAACAUUUGUUGUUGUAGAGUUCUAACAUCAAAGUCAGUGAGUUCUGCAUUGCUAGAAGUUCAGUCGAGCGAUGCGCGAAGUUGAAUGAAGUACGUUCUGGUCGAAUGCGGCAAGACCUCCCUUCUUGCGAAAGUGUCUCUCCCAACAUUUGUCCUCCGCUGAUUGCGUAUUAUUUAGGCUUGAGUAAAAAAUGACUUAGCCCAGGAUAGAUCUCCUCAUUUUACCGUCGAAGAUAGCAGAGCAUUGACAUGUGUCUGUCUUCAAUGACUAGUCCAGGGUUACGUGCCUGUUAGAUAUAACCAGUCAAUGACCUUCUCUCAAAGUGGCCAUUCGUGACAGCGUAAAUUCACUCACACAUGCUUUCGGAGCAAGGGAGGUUUAGCCGUGUGUCUCAAUGCAAUGUAGAAGUGAUGAGGAUAACACCUCCGUCAUUUUCCUGCAGACAUAUGCACUGAAGCGAAUGCUGUGAUGUUAACCGCGCGCCGUGAAAAGAGCUAGAUGGCUUCCCGGUGUAGUGGAGUUUGGUUUAUGCACGAAGUUCCUUCUUGGCUUUAUCCGUGAAGGAAAUUGACCAAGAGUAGUGCCCCCAUUUUUUUAAUUUUUUUUGACGGACGUGACAGCAUGCUGACAUUACUGAGGGGAUCCGUUGAAGAGCCUUCGCAAGUUUGAUCGUGCCUGCAUAGUCUAGUUGAGACGUUGGCCUACGUCGAAGUGUUAAAAUCUGAGAAUAAUUUCCUGGCUUUCGAAACAGUAGCCUUCUGUUGUCUCAGCGUGAUCCGUUUAGCUUACUUUAAUUGAGGUGUCGUUGUUCUUGUGUUUUUUUUUCUGUGUUCACCACGCAUGUAGCUUUAUGCAUCUUCUCGGAUGUGUUGUUCGUCGUUUACUUGAUUGGAUCCCACCAGACUUAAUGAUCCCACCGCGCGGUUUUUCUUUGCGUACGUAAAAGUAAAGUGUUCUAUGCUUAGCUCGCUGCAUAUGAAGUGUCACCAAUGAACCACAAGUUACGUUUGUUUGUUUCGGCAAAUGUUUUGAAGCAGGAAGAAUAACGUGUACGGCUAUUUCAAGAGAAAAAAAAACAACCACCUUGGUUAAGUAGUGUCGAACAGCUGCGAAGGCGUCUUAAAGCCUUGGGAACUUCGGUUCGUCUGUCGGGGGCGCCAGAAGUGUGAUAUGUUGAGUUGUGAUAUUGGCACAUGCCUAGUUGGUCAGAGUCUGUUUAGCGCGGUAUACUUACUGUGGACCCGGCUUGUGCCGAGACACCGGACCAUGCCGCUCAAGUCUUUUUUGUUACGAGCCACGCGUCGUCACGCGCGCACUUUUUGCAGUUGGUGAACGAAUGUGGCUAGAGUUUACAGAUUUGGAAGAAUGUUUGGAUAAAAACACACAAAAUGUAUUGAGGAGUUUGUAAAAGGAUAUUUUGUACAUGGAUGUCGUUGCCAAAUAAAAAUCUGUGAGUCUAGAAACGUCA